AUGUCUGCCAGAGGAAAGGGUGGUAAGGUACUCCGUGACAACAUCCAGGGUAUCAAUAAGGCAGCUAUACGCCGUUUGGCUCGUCGUGGCGGUGUGGAGCCCAUCUCCGGUCUGAUCUACGAGGAGACCCUUGGCGUGUUGGAAGUCUUUCUUGAGGACGUCAUCAGGGACGCGGUUACUUGCACCGAGCACGCUAAGAGAAUGAUUGUCACCGACAUCGAUGUAAUUUAUGCUCUUAGACUCCAGGGACGUACUCUGUACGGCUUCGGAGUGUAA